AUGGGCGAAGUGACUCCCAAGGGCAAGACCAACAAGAGCGAUGCCAGCAAGGACAACCGCGACCAAGGUCAGCCUAACAAGGAAGACACCAAGGCCAAACGAGAGCUGAAACGCUGGACCGAGGAUGACAGCACCAUACUCCUGCUAUGCCUGCAAUUUCAGUGCAAUCAAGAGAGUAUCAAGCUGCCGUGGCCCGAGGUUGCCAAGCUGAUUCCUGGCCCUGUCACUGAGAGCUCGAUCAUCCAGCACCUUGCCAAGCUCCGGACCCGCCGUAUUGCUGAGGAUAAGUGGAUUCCGCCGCCCCUCAAGCGCUCAGCAGCCGCUGGGAAGAGUAAGAAGGCGGGGACUCGCAAAAAGGCUACUGCAAAGAACACCAACGCCAAGGAGACCGACGCGACUGAAGACAGUGAGGUUGGCUACGACUAUGCAGUCAUAACGGACAAGAAGUUCAAGGACACCGUUACCAUGUCCCUGCAUCAAAAACGCGGCAAGCACGCCUCGGAUCGCAAGCAGACCAAGGACGCCGCCAGCAAGUUUCGGGGUCAAAAGCGCCGCAAUGAUUCCCGCUUAGAUUCUGAUCCCGAGUUCGAGCCCACCUCGUCCCGCCGUCGUCACUCGGCCCCAAAGCGCAAGGACACGACUGCCAAGGGCAAAGGGACUAAGGAGGAUGUCAAGGUCAAGACGGGCGAUUCUAAAGGUGACAAUGAGUCCGAUGAGGAGUGCGAGAAGCGUCUGCUGUGCGUGGGAGCUCCUUUCCUUCGCUUUGAAGAUGCUUGCACUCCAAAGAGUGAGUCGACUGACUCCACUGACUCCAUUGUUUCCAGAGGAUCUGCUGAAUUCAGCCCGACGAACGAGACAUCCACCAAGAUCCUUCGCCUGAAGGUCCCUCGAAUCUCCGAUCUGCUCAACCCCACGGAUCCUGCGUCCACCGACAUCGCCUCCGUCGUCGAUAUCCCGGUCGCCAGGGAGCAUCCUGGGAUCCAGGAUGACCCUUGGUUGUAUCAGCCCCAGGUUUCUGGCCGCACGACGCGGUAUGUCCGCCACGAUAUCAACCCCUAUGUUUCGCACCCGAGUCUGUCCACUGUCAACAUGCCCAUGAUGACCCCGUCCUGGGCCAGUCUGAGCAAUCAGUACCUGCAGGAUCCGCAGUACUCCACAGUCGGUACGGACAUGUCUUCCCUCAGUCUGCCGCCCAUUACCAGCACCAACAACCACUGGCCUCACGGACUGCCGGACGGAUUCGCCAACCACGAUGAAAAUGCAGGCCCGGGUCAGCAGGGUCUUGCUGACAAUAGAUUUCCCUCUGACUUCAGUUCUGAUUUCGGAACUCCGGAUUUCUGGGCAUAG